UCAACAGACAGUGUUCGCUAGCACCGGUGUAGUAAUGGUUGUGUUGCAUCUAGUGAUCGACUUUUGACUGCACAAUUCACAAACGUCUACAAGACAAGAACUCUUCUUUUUGUUUUGGUUUUUUGAACGCAUUGCUGUUCGGAUAGUGCGCGGAAUUCUCGUUGUGCACAGUUGAUUUGAGGCUCCAGUGAAGUGCUGCUAACCGCUUGGCUGUUUUGUAUUUUUUGUUUGAACGUUGACUGUACAACUUUGGGAUAGAAUCUUGUUCAGACAAAUGGAUUGACGUGGCCAAUAGGAUGGAGUCGGAAGGCGUGUUAACCGAAGAAGCGCGUUUCUGAUACGAAAGGUUGCAGCACCAAAAAAAAAACAGGGGCCCAAGGAUAUAAAUAAAAAUGCCUAAAGUGGCCGAUCCGCUCUGCCCGUUGGGUUUCCAUCCGCAAGUUCGGUGGCCUACCCGGUGCAAGCGAUGCUUUCGCGAAUACAAGGAGCAUUCGAAUUCCACGAACCGCAAAGAGAGUGCAGAAUCCUCUUCUAGCUCAAUACGUAGAGAAGACCGUUCUGGCUCCGUAGACAGCCUCGACGAUUCAAAGUUUGACAAUAUCCCGACACCUGUCGUCCCCGUCCGCUCGCGAGAAUCGGUAGCUUUGAGCCGAAGGAACACAACGGAAAUCCCGCUACUAAGAGACGAAGCGCAAGGCGAUGCCAGAAGCUCUAAAAAUGAAAAAGAAUCGGAAAAAUCCAAGGAUUACGGCAGUAUUUAUUCAUCAAUAGCCGGAUCAGCGUUUUCUAGGUUAACUAAACACAGAUCCUCGGCAGCUCUCCAAGAUCCUUCAGGAGCUAGCGCAAUAGCGAAAAGUAGUGGCGAGUUCGAGCCCAGCCGACGGGGAAGCUCGGGCGAUGAAAGCGAAAAACUUCGAAAGAAGCGCGUUCAGAUUCAUUCGUUGAAAGAAGUACCGAGCGAUAGCAACUACAACAGCCCAGAUGUCCAAUUCAUCUUGGAGGUCAAACGUUCCAAUAUCAAGUCUCGGGGAUCGGAUGAUGAUGCCAAUAGCUUUGCUGGAACUGACAUCACCGAAACCACUGAGACAACCGAAACCACUCUCGUAGAAACAAAUUUCGACGAACUGCAGGAUCAAGUGAAUAGCAUGAAAAAAGAAAUCGACAAGUACAGGGCGCGAUGCGAGCGUCUGGAACGCGAAAAAGACGAACUGUCGAAUAAAAAAUUCCGGAGUAUUGGGAUGAACGGCGGCACUGGAUCUGAGAGUAUGAGAUUGCAGCAAAGGAUCCGGGAAUUGGAAACCACCAACGAAGAUUUGAUGGACGAUAAGCGAUCGGCAGAGCUGCGUGUCACCGAGCUGGAACGCGAGUUGGAAUCUCGUCCUUCAUCGGCACAGACGCACAAGGCUAUGGAAGAAAUACGGGCCAAAUCGGCAGCGGCGGAGGCUCUCAUCGAAGAACUGAUGGAGGAGAAUGAAGAACUUAAGAAAGAUAUGAGACAAAUGGUGGACGAAAUGGACGAACUGCAAGAUAACUUCAGAGAGGACCAGGCGGAUGAAUACCGAGACCUGAAAAAAGACCUGGAACAGACGGCGAAAAAUUGUCGCAUCCUGCAGUUCAAGUUGCGGAAGGCAGAACGCCGAAUGGAACAAUUGGAGACUGACAAACACCAACUUGAAUCACAGAAUCAGGAGCUCCGUAACGGCAGUAAUCCUUCCGUCACGAGUUCCAUUCCGAGUAAAGGACAGGACCAGAUUUCACAGCUGGAACAGGAACUGAAUCAAACUCGAGAGCAACUGGCCCAGUCUCAAAGAGAGGUGCAAAAACUGCAGUCCCAAAUCCGAGCUGGAGGCAAAGAUGCACCGUUGUCAGGACCUGUGCUAAGCAAAAGCAGAAGUUUGGAGGGGGCGAAUGGGGCCUUGUCAAAGUCAACAGAAGACGUGUCUCAGCUACAAAGAGAUCUCCAAGAUUCACACGAAAGAGAAGCAGAUCUUCGUGAACAGCUCAAGUUCGCUGAAGAGGAGGCGCAGUCGUUGAGGAAGAAGCUAAGUCGUGUUGAAGAAGAGAACGAAUCUUUGGUCAUGCAAUUGAAAAAAAUGGCAAUGAAGAAAGGUAGUAGAAGAAACACGCCAGACAGUUCAGUUGAUAAAGACGAGGGAAUUUCAGGUGAUGUUGAUGACCUUAGCCUUUCUGAACUUCGGCUGCAACUAGAACUGAACGAGCAGGAGACGGCUGUGUUGAGACGUAAAAUGGAAGACAUUGAAGGUGAAAAUGAUCGUCUGAGUAAGGAAGUUUUGGAGCUCCAAGAACAAGUCAAAUCCAAACCAACGACAUCCGCCGAAAAAGCAGCUGACGCCCGUUCGCAUGCUACUAAACCCACUUCUGAAGAACUAAACAAGCUCAAAACUGAGCUGAUGGAAAAGGACAAAGAAAUCGAACAUUUGAACGAAGCGCUGACGCAAGCUGAGAAAAACAAGGGCAAAGUGGUGGUGCAGAGAAGUCGUUCUCUCGAGUCCAGUGAAUCUGCUUUAGAUUUGAAGAGACAACUGCAACUCGUCGAGCAAGAGGCAGGCAUUUUGCGUUCGAAGACGGUCGAUCUGGAAGCAGAAAACGAGAAAAUGACGGCCGAAAAUCGUAGACUGCAUCUGCGUGUCUCCCGGAAAGCUCCGCCAACGGAUGCAGAGAAGUUGCUUUUAGAUAAACUGGAAUUGGAAGAACGUAUUCAAGCCAUGGAGAAGAAAUUAACCGAAGCAACGAACCACAAACAGCAUAUUGAGCUCGAAAAAUCGCCUCGACUGGGCCGUGCCAGUGAUCGUGGAACGCGGUUAUCGACGUCAUCCAUAAACCCGGAGUCGAGUGUUCUCAAACGGGAGAAAGAGAUCCUGGAACGCGACCUCAAAAGCAAAGAGGAGCAGAUCAAUUCGCUUACUCUCCGGCUGCAGCACAUGGAAAAGGAAAAUGAGAAUCUUCAUCAUCGAAUGGAGACUAGAAUGGCCGCUGUCAAACGGACCCCCAAAAAACCUAGCGAUACAAUGACCAAAAUUCAGCUCAAAAAAAUGGUUGAAGAAUUGGAAAUUGAAUUCACCGACUUGUUGGCGAAGACUGGCGCUGGCCAGCCGUUACCUUCUGACACUAAAAAGAUUGCCGAAUUAACCAAAAAUCUUAAGGAGGAACGUGAACAAAGGGAGAACCUGCAACACGAUAAGAAAAAACUUGAUGAAAAGAUUACCAAAUUAGAAGCAGACGUAAGGAAAGCGAAUAGCAACAGUUCAGCCAACCAAAUUUUGCAAGAAAAAUGCGAUAAACUGGAAAAAGAAAAAGCGGAAAUGACAGCCAAGAUGCAGUCGGGAGAUUUUGUUGAUCUUGAUACGCUUCACCAGGUCAAACAAGAAAAACAUAAAUUACAAAAAGAGUUAACGGAAAGAGAUAACCGCCUUUCCGAGUUGGAAAAGAAGGUCAAAGAGUCUGAAGACAAAAACAGAAAAAUGGAAAGAACUUUGAAAGACAACAACGAACGUAUCGCAGAUGUGGAAAGAGAGAUGGAAGAAGAGCGAGCAAAAGCACGGCAAACGGAGGCUGCGCAUAAAGAACUGUCGCUCAAUUGGCUGAAAGAACGCGAUGAGCUGAAGAAACAGGCGAGCGAUUUGCGAAUUAAGAUGGACGAGUUGGAAUCCUCUAUCGUGGUUAAAGACAAGAAGAUCAAAGAUCUGGAUGCAAGUCUCAAAGAUGAAGUCAAGAAAGCUGUCGACGCUGCGUUAAAGAAAAGUGAACGGGAAAUCAAAUUGGCCAAAGAAGAAACAGUCAAUUUCAAAACGAAAGCUGAAGAUUUGGAGCAAAAAUUGACGAGGGCCGAGAUGGACAAGAAGGGGCUGAACGAAAGAAUUCAGCGCCUGGAAGCAGAUUGGCGCAAAGAACGUGACCAGUUGAUAGGUCGGGCAACAGACUUGGAAGUCGAAAUCAAGGCGGAGCGAAAAAAGAAAGAUCGAGUGGAGAAAGAGUACGAAGGCGAGAUGCGCGAAAAGGAUGACGAAGUAAUGGGAUUGAGGGAGCGUGUCAAAAGGACAGAGAUAGAACUAAAAGCAGCUCUUGAAAGAUUUGAAGAACUUAAAAAUCAAGACACCCGUUCAAGAGAACUGGAACUCGAACUUGAAAAAGAACAUCAAGAAUACGAAGAUUUAACAGCCAAAUACGACCUGCUCGAGGAGGAUUAUCUAGUGAUCAAAGCCAAACUUGUCAUGGACAAACAAAAUAUCGAGAGGGAGUAUCUUUCUCUUAAAAAAGAACAUGACACCGUCGAAGGAGAAUUGCGGACCCUUAGAGAGACAUUCAACUUGCGCCAAGAUACGUGGAUUAAAGAGAAACUAGAUAUGCAAGAAAAGGUAAAAGAGUUGGAAGAAAAAGAACUGCGCCAUUCCGGAGAAAAUUGGUAUAUUGAACGAAGUCGACUCAAAGACAUUAUCGAAGAGAAAAAUCAGCAGCUGGAAAAGGUUAAGCGGGACGAGGAAAUGCACAGAAACCAUAUAGACAACAUCAGGCGAGAGAACGAUGAGCUACGAAGGAAACUCGAAGACUUUGAUAAAGUAACCAAAAUUCAGAGGAGCAUGACGUACGAUUCGUCGGAGCACGACCGCGAAAUGCGCGAACUUCGUAACAGGUUGGCCCAGGAAGAGAAAGCCCAUCGCUCGGAGAUGACGCACGCUAAAAUGCGUAGUGACAAUAAAAUUGCACUGCUGCAAGAAGAAACUCAGGCUACUCAGAUGCAACUUGAGAAGGCCAGACGUGAGAGAGACACGUUUAGAGAAAUGCUCGAUGGUGCGCAACGCAUGAUUUCGGAAUUAAAGUCUGAUCCCAGCAAGAAGACGAAGUCUGGAUCAGAAGCCGCUCGUUCUCGUGAGAUGGAAGAAACUUUAACUCGCAUUGAGGAGUUCCAUGCGCAGAUUACAAGUCUCGAGGAUGAACUGAACGAGGCACGCACAGAAACUUCGCGUAUCAAAACUGAAUAUAUCAACGAAAAAUCGGCAAAGGAGAUCAAAAUUUCUGAAUUACAAACCAAAAUCAAUGAACUUGAAGAAGACAGAAUCAUGGCGAUGGGACGUAGCCGUAUAACAGGCACUCGAACUCGCCUGGAACUUGCUUGGCAGAAAGAGCGAGAAGAACAACAGCGUUUAAUUCAAGAGUCAUCUACUUUGGCUCGGGAUUUGCGACAAACGUUACUCGAAGUCGAGAAAGAACGUGAUCGUGAACGCCUUGAAUCACGGCGUCGACUCGAACAGCAGAAGAGAGCGAACGAAGAAGAACAAGUAGAAAUCCGCAAAAAGGUGACCGAACUACAAAGUGACUUGCUAGAACUGCGUGACGCGCACGCCAAACUGCGUACGUCAUGCGAAAAAUUACGUCGCGAUAAAGAACGAGUGGAGAAGGAACGGGACGAUACGAAAAAGAGCAUCGUUGAUUCACGUAAAGCUGACGCGGACACCGAACGGCGCGUUGGCCAACUUAUUGCAGAAAUUCAAAAAAUGAAGGACUUGUGUCCAUUGGCCAUGGGUGAAUCCCUGUCUGGAGAAUUGCCAACCGGUGUCAAAAGAGACAAAGACGUGCGUCAGGAGAAAAUACGCGAGGAAUUUGUCACCACGCUUAAGUUAAUCAACAAAUGCAGUGAAGAUGUGAAAAGACUUCAGCAACGGGAAAGUGACGACAGCAGUAAACGCACUACAAUGUUUAGAAGAGCAAUGUCGAACGCACCUGGUGACAUGGGAACGACUUCCACUUCAAAUAACAAUGGAGAAAGCAUUACUCCUGCGCCUUCCAUAACAAAACGCGCCCCGGUUUACCGCCGGGCCUUGUCCUUGGAGCAAAGUCAAAAUUUCAAAGACAUUGAGACCACAUCUUCUAGUUCAUAUGCUUCCAAUAGUUAUAUGGAUGACGAACCACCAUACGCAUCGUAUCGCAGCCGUACAGUUGAUCGCGAUCUAAGUCUUGACAGACAAUCCACAGACUCUACCCGCAGCGAAUCUGCUGUCAUUGCUACUCCAGAAACUAAGAAAAAGAGAAGUCUAAUGGGAAAAAUCAAACAACUCACUAAAUCACGUAGCAUUGAAGAUACGGGCACGGCCAAUCUGCUGGUGAACGCAGGAAUACAGGCUCUGAUACCGAGCGUUUCCGUGGCUCCUAGCGGAUCAGAUCUAAGUUUGGAUAAGGACCCAGAUCGGAAGAAGGAAAAGAAAACUGUCAAAGAUAAACUCACUGGAAUGUUUAAGAAGGGUUCAUCUUCUCGGACGAGCAGUAUGGAGAGAUCAGAUUCCACUGAAAGCCGAGACAGGUACACCCCAUCCAAAGACUCGCUUAGUGUAAGCGUUAGCGACAGACCGCUCCAGCGACCCCCUAGUCUUACCAAUUUGUCUGCACCUGGAUCAAGUAGAGGAACCACCCCCAUUUCGUCAAGUCGUGCUACACCGUCUCGAAGUGGUAUGCUGCGCAGCCAAAGCUCGGUAGAAACUGAUGUGUGAACUUGACAUCAGCCUGGCUUUUGAAAGUGACAGUUGGUCCACGCAACAUUUGCAGGAGUCGAGGAAUCACCAGAGAAAAUGUUUUUCGAUGUAAUUCAUCAACACAAUACAUUCAUUUAAAAACCAA